CCCCGCCGGGGGAGGGGGCAGGCGGAGGGCGAGGCGCGUGUGGCGUGCGCGGUGUUGACGACGGUGUUUUUAACCCUUAGAUGGUCUCCAGCGAGCCGCUGCUGCUGCCGGUGUCACUGGAGGGCGAGUUCUCCAGUAGCAUGAAGGAGAUGAUCGGCGGCUGCUGCGUGUGCUCCGACGAGCGGGGCUGGGCCGAGAACCCGCUCGUCUACUGCGACGGGCACGGCUGCAAUGUCGCAGUGCAUCAAGCUUGCUAUGGAAUUGUUCAAGUACCCACUGGACCGUGGUUUUGCAGAAAGUGUGAAUCUCAGGAAAGAGCAGCCAGAGUGAGAUGUGAAUUAUGCCCUCAUAAGGAUGGUGCUUUAAAGAGAACAGAUAAUGGGGGUUGGGCUCAUGUGGUUUGUGCUCUGUACAUUCCCGAGGUGCAGUUUGCAAAUGUUUCUACAAUGGAGCCUAUCGUGUUGCAGUCUGUUCCUCAUGAUCGUUAUAAUAAGACAUGCUAUAUUUGUGAUGAACAAGGCAGAGAAAGUAAAGCAGCCACUGGUGCUUGUAUGACAUGUAAUAAACAUGGAUGUCGACAAGCUUUUCACGUAACAUGUGCACAGUUUGCAGGACUUCUUUGUGAAGAGGAAGGCAAUGGUGCAGAUAACGUCCAAUACUGUGGCUACUGUAAAUACCAUUUUAAUAAACUGAAAAAGAGCAAACGGGGAUCUAAUAGGUCAUAUGAUCAAAGUUUAAGUGAUUCUUCCUCUCACUCUCAGGAUAAACAUCAUGAGAAGGAGAAAAAAAAAUAUAAAGAGAAAGAUAAACACAAGCAAAAAUAUAAGAAGCAGUCGGAGUCGUCACCAUCUUUGGUUCCAUCUCUUACUGUAACUACAGAAAAAACGUACACAAGCACUAGCAACAACUCCAUGUCAGGCUCCUUGAAGCGGUUGGAAGAUACCUCAGCUCGAUUUACAAAUGCAAAUUUCCAGGAAGUUCCUACACACGUUUCAAGUGGAAAAGAUUCUUCAGAGACUAGAGGGUCAGAGAGCAAAGGGAAGAAAUCUGCAGGUCACAGUUCAGGUCAGAGGGGAAGAAAGCCUGGUGCUGGAAGAAAUCCAGGAACAACUGUGACUGCAGCUAGCCCUUUUCAGCAAGGAAGCUUCUUGGGCACCCCUGGGAGCAUAAAGUCAUCUUCUGGAAGUUCAGUUCAGUCUCCCCAAGAUUUUUUGAGUUUUACAGACACAGAUCUGCGAAGUGAGAGUUUCACGCAUUCUCAACAGGCUUCGUCAACCAAAGAUGUACAUAAAGGAGAGGCUGGGAGCCAAGAGGGAGGAGUCAAUUGUUUCACUUCCUUAAUUGGUCUCCCUUCUUCAUCAGCAGCUGUUACCCAAUCUAAAAACUUUGACAGCUCACCUGGAGACAUAAGUAAUUCAAGCCUUACUUCUACAGCGUACAAACGAGCUCAAACUUCUGGAAUAGAAGAAGAAACUGUAACAGAGAAGAAACGGAAAGGAAAUAAGCAAAGUAAACAUGGGCCUGGUAGACCUAAAGGAAAUAAAAGUCAAGAAAGUCUUUCCCAUCUUUCAGUUUCUUCUGCUUCCCCAACUUCAUCUGUGGCAUCUGCUGCAGGAAGUGUGACAAGCUCUGGUCUUCAAAAAUCUCCAACUUUGCUCAGGAAUGGAAGUUUACAAAGUCUUAGUGUUGGUUCAUCUCCAGUGGGUUCAGGUAUUUUUAGCAGCAAUGAUGUAGCAGUAUCAUUUCCAAAUGCAGUAUCUGGCUCAGGAUCUAGCACUCCCGUUUCCAGUUCUCAUUUACCUCAGCAGGCUUCAGGCCACUUGCAGCAAGUGGGAGCUCUAUCACCUUCAACUGCGCCUUCUGUAACUACUGUUGUUGCUGCAACUCAGGCGAACACCCUACCUGGAUCUUCUCUCAGUCUGCCUCCAUCCCACAUGUACGGCAAUAGGCUGAAUCCAAAUUCAGCCAUGGCAGCACUUAUAGCUCAGUCUGAAAACAGCCAAGCAGAUCAAGAUCUCGGAGAUAACAGCCGAAGCCUUGUUGGCAGAGGAGGAUCACCCAGAGGAAGUCUCUCACCACGAUCCCCUGUGAGCAGCUUGCAGAUUCGGUAUGAUCAGUCGGGGAAUGGUUGUGGGGAAAAUUUGCCCCCAGUAGCAGCCAGCAUAGAACAACUUCUUGAGAGGCAGUGGAGUGAAGGACAACAGUUUUUAUUAGAGCAAGGCACUCCCAGUGACAUUUUAGGAAUGCUUAAAUCAUUACACCAACUUCAAGUUGAAAACAGGCGAUUGGAAGAGCAGAUAAAGAAUCUGACCGCAAAGAAGGAGCGACUGCAGCUUCUCAAUGCACAGCUUUCGGUGCCCUUUCCAACAAUAACUUCAAAUCCCAGCCCUUCUCAUCAAGUACAUGCCUUUCCAGUACAAGCACCACCUAGCACUGAUUCCUUGAACAGCAGUAAAAGUCCUCAUCUGGGAAACAGUUUUUUACCGGACAAUUCUCUUCCUGUAUUAAAUCAGGAGAUAACCUCCAGCGGACAAAGCACCAGCAGUUCAUCAGCGCUUUCCACUCCACCACCUGCUGGGCAGAGUCCGGCCCAGCAAGGCUCGGGAGUCCCCGGAGUUCAGCAGGUCAAUGGUGUGACAGUGGGGGCACUGGCUAGUGGUAUGCAGACUGUAACCUCCACCAUUCCUGCAGUGCCGGCUGUGGGUGGAAUAAUUGGAGCACUGCCAGCCAGCCAGCUGGCAAUCAAUGGAAUUGUAGGGGCUUUAAAUGGGGUAAUUCAGACCCCAGCAACAAUAUCACAGAACCCUUCUCUCACUCAUGCAACUGUGCCACCCAAUGCAACGCAUCCUCUGCCAACCACGCUAAAUAACAGUGCCUCGGGACUAGGAUUGCUUUCUGACCAACAGAGACAACUAUUACUCCAUCAACAGCACCAGCAAUUUCAGCAAUUACUAAGUACCCAGCAACUCACAUCAGAACAGCAUCAGGCCCUUUUGUAUCAAUUAGUACAGCAACAACAUCACCAUCACCAACACCAUCAGUCUGAAGUACAGCAAUUGCAGAUUACUGGAGGAGCACAGAUACCCAUAAACAACUUACUUUCAGGCACACAGGCCUCACCACUUAAUGCAGCUGCUACCAACCCAUUCCUUACAAUUCAUGGAGAUAACGCAGCUCAGAAGGUGACAAGGCUCAAUGAUAAAACUGGACCAGUUGCGUCAGAGAAGAGUUGACAUUUGAAUGACACUUGAGCCGUGCACGUCCUGCUGUUAUAGCACUUCAUGUGGCUGCAAACCCCAGGUUCCCUUUCUGCAGAUUGAAAAAGAGCAACAAGGAACUCUUACUGCACAGCAAGAGGUUAAUAAUUUUCAUAAGGAUAUUUUUGGUAGGCUUUCAUUUGCUUUCUUGUUGCACUAAAAUGGAUGUACUUUUUAAUGUCUCAGACUGUGAAGUAGAUAAAACUCUGCAAAUCAUAAUUAUUUUGUCAAUAUGAUGGUACUAAGUACAAAUUCAACCACAGAAGAACAUCCACUUCACUCUUCAGUCCUAAUCUCACAGACUGAAAGGCUGUAACCUGUCUGCAGUGCUGCAUUGCUUUGGUUUCAGAGCAGUAGUUUUAACAGCCCAACCCCAGCCCAUCUGAUCUUGCUGCUGCAGUUAUAACAGAUCCUUUUGGACUGAGCUUGUAAUGGCAGCUGGGACUUGCUGUUCAUUGUUUCUUUUUUAAAAUGCCUGUUUUGGAACCUGACUCAUAAGGGAAUUGACUUCUGAACUUUUUAUUCCUUUAAAUUCCUAUUGUUGUAUAGUUGGAGUUUUUCUUGAAUAAGAAUUAUGGUAUGGAAUCCAAAGUUUAUUAAUUUUGGUGUAGGUUUUAGAGUUCUGAGGUUUUUAAAGGAACCAGUUUGGUUCCAGUGACAAAGUUUUCUUACCAGAUGAGAAGGCCACGCUGGAAGAAGUUUGUGUAGUGUUUGGCCUAAACCAAGUGCCUGUUGCUACCUCCAUUUUGUUGAAAUGGCUGCAAACAGCUGAUCAUGCACUAGAUGUGUCCUUGUUAGCAGCGGGAAUAUUCUGUCUUGCACCAGCAGCCUUGUUCUGCCUUUCCUAGAGGUGUUUAUACCACUGUAGAGAGCUCAGGCAGAUUGUUACCUGGGUCACUUUUCACUAAUAAAUUACCAAAAAAGUGAGUUACCAUUUCCCACUAAAAUUUCCCAGUGGUUGAAACGGGUGAACUUGUGUUACAACACUUCGGGCAGUUGCUGAUCUCGUGGCGAGUCUAUGCAGGGUGGUGAAGGACAGUUUAAAUGGGGGUAAUGACCACUAAUCAAGAGAGGUGGGAAUUAUUAGCGGAAACGACCCAGCUGUAAUUAGACCUCCACUGUGUACUUAUUUGGAAGAACAUGCUAAUUCUGCAAUAUGUUUCUUAGUUAAACAUUGCACAGUUCUUACCUCAUUUCUGUAAAUAAAGUUUUGUGAAUCUGUUUUGUAUUGUGAAGAAUUCAUAAGAAAACAUUGAUAUUUUGAUUUGUAAUAUUUCUAAUUAGUAGAUUUAAUUGAAAAAGUAAAAAUAAUUUAUUUUUAUAUGUUCUGGGGAAUUUUUAAAAAAUGUCGCAAAUCACUUUUGUAGAUACUUUACAAAAGUAAACCAGUGGUUUAUUUUACUUACUCGCCCCACUGGUGGAUAUUCUGUAACAAUUUGUACAAAAGGUAAGAUGGAAAUGUGCUGUUAUUUUGACUAGAUGUAAAAUUCCAAGUGUAUGAAAAGAUAUGUACAAAGCUUUUGUUAAUAAACUUUAAUAAUGUUUAUCAUUGUA